GAAACAACGAUAAUGUUUAUUGCUGCGCUUGCCGUCUUUGUGUGCACCACCUACGCUCAGUACCCUCCACCACCUCCUUAUCCCCCGAAACCAAGCCCGCCAUACGAUGGAAAUUCAGGAGCGUCAAUGUCAGCCGGUAGUUUUUCAUCAAGUUACUACCCGAAACCACCGUAUGGACCUACUUAUUACCCUGAACACCCGGCUUUCCAUGAAUUUCUCUAUCCUCGCCGUCAUUACUCGAGAAGCUCACCGAGUAGUAGAGAAUACUACUGCGACUACUGUCCUCGGGUGAAGUUGUCAUGCAAGAAUUCACCGGAAUGUUUCAAACCCACAGUCAAAUAUCUACAGCAUCAUUGCAAGGCAAUUGUUACAUGCGAUUCAUUCGGCGAAGAUGUACAACUGUUGACCAAUGACAAUGAAGUUCUCAGUGAAGGUUUGGGAAUCAGCAAAUUGAUCCAAUGCAAGCGUGGAAAGUGGACCGCAAAGGAUAUCUUUGAUAGUAACGUCAGGUUCAAAGGUCUUCGUUGCGUCAAAACUGCUCCAAACGAAUAA